GUUUCAAUAAGACAGGUGAGUGGCGUUGUUGUAGAUUAUGAAUUCAAAAGAACAACGGUUAAUCGUGUCUCGAUGUAUGAAGUUUAUUUUAUUUUCGUAAAUAGUGGAUAUAACGCGAGUUCAAUAAAGUUUUUGUUUUAAGCACCAAGCAUUAUUCUUUCAUAUAUAUUUAAAAAAUAAUCAAAAAAUGGCUGAUUUAAGUAAAUGGGAAUCAAAUAUACAGAAGACUGUUAUAAAACUUAAAAGUACAUUGUCUCAAUUGCAUAAAAUAUGGGAAGAAAUAGGAUUCAGCGAAGAAGUACGUGCUACAUAUUGCGAACAAGCAUUUAAUCAUAUAGACGAUCUAUUUUGCGAGAUGGUUUCAGAAUCAGAACAUAAAAAAGAAACGCUAUUAGUUGGUAUUAGAGAGUUAAUAGAACAAGUUGGUACUUUAGCAAAAGAAUUAGGUACUAAUGUUAUGGUUGCUGGAUAUGAAGAUUUACCUUUGAAAGAAGUAGAACAAGUGCUGCGCACUGAUUUACAUAAAUUACAAUAUUGCAAGGAACAACGCAUAACACAUUUAAGAGAACUGCUUACAAAAGAAAGAUCCUUAUGUAAAAUGUUAGGUACUCAGCCAAUUAAUAUAGAAGAUAAAGUACCUUCAGAAGAGGAACUUAAUAGUUUUAAGCUUUAUCUUGAAAAGCAAGAAGGUGAAAAAAAUCGUUUAGAAGUUAUUUUUAAUGAAAUGCGUAGAGCAAUUGUUAGAAUGAUGGAUGAUUUGGGCAUUUCAUCAUCAUCAAAUUUUGAAAAUUUAGUGUAUGAAAAUAGUGAAGAUUUUGUUUUUACCAGUAGCAAUAUGACUAAAUUAAAAGAAUUUCGAGAUGAACUUAAGCAUAAAGUGGAUACAGCAAAAGAACAUGUAGAAGAUAUUAAACAAGAAUUAAUUGCAUUAUGGAAAUAUCUAGAUGAACCAGAACAUAUUUGUCAAUCAUUUCUUAAUAGUUACGUAGGAUAUAGUGUAGCAACUAUAAAUGCAUUAAAUAUAGAAUUAGAACGUUGUAAAGAAAAAAGAAAGCAAAAUAUUGCUAGAUAUGUAUCACAAGUAAGAUCUGAGCUGGUUAAAUUAUGGGAUUUAUGUAAAUUUAGUGAACAGCAAAGGAGACAAUUUAUACAUUUUAAUUCUCAUACAUAUACGGAAGAUUUAUUAACAUUACAUGAAUUAGAAGUAAAGAGAAUUCAAGAAUUUUAUGAGACUAAUAAAUCCAUAUUUGAACUUUUACAAGAACGUGAUAAUCUAUGGACAAAAAUGAAAGAAUUAUUACAACGUGCAAAUGAUCCAGAUCGUUUUUAUAAUCGUGGUGGUCAAUUAUUAAUGGAAGAAAAGGAACGUAAAACUAUUCAGAAAAAGUUGCCAAAAAUAGAAGAGCAAUUAAGGAAUUUAAUAAAGGAUUAUGAAAGUAUACAUGGAGAAGUAUUUACUAUAAAUGGAAUGUCAGUAGAAGAAUUAUUAAAAGAAUCAUGGGAACAUUUAAAUGAAGAGAAAGAAACAAUAAAGAAGGCUAGAAAAGAAGGAAAAGACAAAUCAAUAAAAAAAGUAACAUUAAGUGCUUCUAAAAAAACUGUUUCAAAUUCAUCCAAAAGAACACCAGGUAUAUUAAGUACUCGUCGUCAUACACCAAUUAAUUCAUCAAAAAGGAACUUUUAUUAGUCCAUCUCCAAAUACUUCUGCAAAACGUAGAAACAUAAGCAUAGGAGGAAGUGGAUCUAAAAUUAAAAGAAGCAGGAAAAUUCCUAAGAAAAUAUU